AUGAAUAUGUAUUACCUAAAUAUGUUAUUGUUUACCUUUUUAAUAAAUACAUUAUUAUUACCACAUUAUGAGAAUUAUUUAAAUAACCAUUAUAAUAUAAGUCUCAUUCAAAACAAGACCAAAAGAGCAACGAUAAAAUCAAGACUUUUAGCACAAACCCAAAUCCAUAAUCCGCAUUAUCAUAAUGAUCCAGAACUGAAAGAAAUAAUUGAUAAAAUGAACGAGGAAGCAAUCAAAAAAUACCAGGAAACUCAUGAUCCAUAUAAACAAUUGAAAGAAGUAGUAGAAAAAAACGGAACAAAAUAUACAGGUGGUAAUGAUGCAGAACCAAUGUCAACGCUAGAAAAAGAAUUAUUGGAAACAUAUGAAGAAAUUUUUGGUGGCCAAAAGGAUAUUAUGUUAAAAUCGGGUAUGAACACAAAUGAUGAUAACAUAUCAAAUAAGUUAUCAACAUGUGAAUGUACUGAUACUAAUAAUAUGAAACUAGAAUCUAGAAAAGGAAAAGAUAAAUACUUAAAAAACUUAAAACACAGAUGUAUAGGUGGAAUAUGUUCUUGCUCCGUAGGUAGUGCGUUCCUUACAAUAUUAGGUUUCGCAUUUGCAAAAGCUGCUGCCAUGAAGGCUGUUGCUGAUUAUACAGCAUUUAAAACUUGUGUGUCCUCUAUUUCAACAUUUAAUCUACUUGAUAGUUCAACUUUGCUUUCAUCAUUUCAAGCAAUCAGUACAUGUGUUGAGGGUGCUACUGAUAUGGCCGGAACUAUUGCAACUCCUGCUAUGGCUGCAUUUUACCCCUGGGGUAUUGCAGCUUUGGUUCUACUUAUAUUAGUUGUUGUGCUUAUAAUAUUAUACAUAUGGUUGUAUAGAAGAAGAAAAAAUUCAUGGAAACAUGAAUGCAAGAAACAUUUAUGUAAGUAA